CCUUAAAUCGUCGCAUUAGACACGUCAUCACAAAGCGACAGUAAUUCACCAGCACUGCACAAACUGUUGUGCUUUCAAGACAUUGUUUUCAGUUGUAUUAUCAUUUAUUCUUAUCACUUUUAUCACAAAUGAAUAGUUAGUUAUAGAAUGAAUGCUCCCAUUUCUGUGUUUAUCGGCGUUUAUAUAGGGAAAACGAAGCCUAAACGCACAUCCGUAGCGUCGCUGAAGCCCCAACGAUGCCCAAAGUAUUUGAAGUCAAAUGUCCGGCGGAAUGUCAAAACCUCCCCGGUGGCUUCUGGUCGGCCGUGGACGUUUGGAUAAAAAAACCUCACGUGGUCAACAAGCGGCUGUGCGGCGUUCAGGUGACUGACUGUGAAGAAGGAGAAGAAGAAGCGCUCCUGCGUUCGCUGCCCCAGUGGGACAUGUUGGUUGUUGGUUGUCGUCCCCGCGGCACACACCAAACAUGUCUGACCUCUCAUGUCAGGACGUUUAUCCCCAAAGUCAACAUCUAUGGGACACGCAAACAGAAAGAGCUUGUUGUCAAAGACUUGGAUGGACAGGAGGUGACGUUUGUUCCCUUCGAGCAGGCCGAAGCGGGCCAGGCGUCCGUGAAGAAGGACAACAUUUACGCCAUCAAGCUGUGCCUGCUCGACUCUGGCAGAUGGGCGCUGGAGCUGCACGUGCGGACGGCGGAGACGUGGCACUCGGACGGCGUGGCCUACCCCAAGCUGUCCUGGCUGUCGGGCAAACUGCUGCCCAAGCUGGUGCGCUGGGCCGGCGCGUGCAAGGGCGGCGGCUGGGCCGACACGUUGUCGUUGCUGCCCGUCGAGAAGUACAGCCUGGUGUACCAGCGGCUCAAGGACAAGUACAAGGCCAUGGUCAAGGUGUGGCCCGAGGUGACGGAUCCGGAGAAGUUUGUUUACGAAGACGUCGCCAUCGCCACCUAUCUCCUGGUGCUUUGGUCGGAGGAACGAGCGGAACGCAACGCGGAGGCCCGGCAGUCUUUUGUGGACCUGGGCUGUGGAAACGGACUCCUGGUGCACAUACUCGCCAACGAAGGGCACCCCGGAAAGGGCGUUGACGUUCGUAAAAGGAAAAUCUGGGACAUGUACGGCCCCGACACCAUGCUGCAGGAGCAAGCCAUCACUCCCGGCGAGAGCUUCUUGUUCCCGGAGACGGACUGGCUGAUCGGGAACCACUCGGACGAGCUGACACCGUGGAUCCCCGUCAUGGCGGCCAGGUCGUCCUACUCGUGCCGCUACUUCGUCCUGCCCUGUUGCUUCUUUGACUUUUUCGCCAAGUACCGGCGGCGGCACAGCCAAAAGUCUCAAUACAAGGAAUACAUCGAGUUCAUCGGCGAAGUCAGUCGAGUCAGUGGCUUCCACACGCAGGAGGACUGCCUCAGGAUUCCCUCCACCAAACGGGUGUGCCUGCUGGGCAGAAAGCGGACAUACGAGGCGAGCGAGGAGGCCCGGGCGGAGGCGAGCCGAGCCGCUUACAUCCAGAGCCGCCGCACCGCGCCCGAAAGCGACGUUGGCGGCGGCCGCGGCGCCGACGAAGGUCCCGGGGACGGCUGGGGAUCCGGCUUCCGGCCUCGAGACCGUGUGGAGGCGGUGCGAAACUGCAUGGCGCUCUCUCGGGACCUGGUGGACGGCGUGGUCCUGCGCGUGGCCGAGGCCCUUCUGGGAAUGGCCGACGAUCGCCGUUCUCCCGGCGACUGGAAACGAGGAGGCAGCUUGUCCGUGGGCGAGGUGGCUGCGCUGCUGCGUCAGGACACCCUCAAGCAGCUCAAGAACGAGUGCGGCGGCCUGCAGACGCUCCUCAAGAACCACCACCAAGUUUUUCAAGUGGAAGGAGGACGUGUGCGCAUCCGAGACUGGCGAGACGGGAAGCCGUGCGGGGCGUACGGCAAGAGGAGGGCGUCGAUGUCCCCCGGUGCCCUGAAAACCCGACCGUGCUGGUUUGACCGCCACCACCCGCAAGGCUGCCCAUUACUGGCUGAAAGGUGCACCUUCGCUCACGGACUGGACGAGCUGCGAGCGUCCACCGGACCUGCGAGGAAGAAGACAAACGAGCGCCUUCGAGCCCUGUAACUUCAAACUUUGCUGGACCAGCGGAUGACACAAUACGGAAUCGACUGCGAGUGAAACCUUCUACUUCUCGUUGACCUCAAAAGACUCUCGGGAAAAUCAAUGAACGGGCAGGACAUGGCCCACUGCGCCAUGAAUAAAACAGUAAAAGACUGCUUUCAAAACGGGCCUUUAUGUCCUCUGUUUGUCAGUCGCUCCCCUUUAGGUCUGCACAUGAAAGAGGGCAUUCUGGGAACAAAGCCUGUCAGAG